UUUGUUCAUAGCAUGUUGCACAUGACUUUUAGUUUAUAUGUUCAAUGUAACGAUAUCAAUAAUUUCUCUGUUUAAUGGAUACAGGUUUAUUUGUAGCGUAAAAUACGCACUUUUUUUCGUUCAAAGUUUCACCUUACGAACUCGGAAGUAAUCGUUGUUUCUGUUUGUGCGCAUGUUGUCGCUGGUUUCGUACGGAAGACGCAAUAAACGUUCCCACUGCGCUGUGAGCCAGCGAUUUCAGAGUUCCAUCAGUGACGAGUGACACGAGGAGAACAUUUUGUAAAUAACUUAUCAGCCCAUGGAGGAAUUCCUCCAUGAUCAACCCAACCAAAACAUAAGCUGCUUUUAACAUACAUUGUCAGGUUUUCGUAUUCUGGUUGGCCUCGAUUUUCCAUUCCUCUUUCCUCAUUUUCUUGAAGCAAGCGAAUUUGUUUGACAUUACACGCGCCACUCGCGAAUGUGUGGUACAAUGUACAUGUAUAUGUACAUGUACAACUGUACUGUACGUGUAUAUGUAUAUGUUCGUACGGGCACAGUGUAACGGUUAUGGUGUUCUACACAUGCCGCAUGUACAGUAGUCCGACAAAUCCUUGGAGGAAGGACAGUUCAAUCCGCUGUUUAUCAUUUGGACUUGAUCUGGUCAUAAGGCGAUCUGUUGGGUCCAUUAUAUCCAACUCUAUAGUUGGGUCCUAGAUAUUACAUAAGCAUUAGCAUGACUAGCACAGGCACUGACUACAUUGAUUCACAUCACCGUGGUUAACAUGUUUUCGUUCCUUGCUCUAGAGUCAAUUGAGCAUUGACAUGAUAAUUGAGGAAGGAAAACAGACAUGACAGUCUCUUGGAACUAGUCCGAGUCUUGGACUUGAUUAGAUGAUAGGCCCAUGUUUAAAAAGGCACGAUUUGUGAUGUUCUAGUUACUUGGGUAAUGAUAGUGAAAGAGGUGUGCAAGCAUUUCGUCAAAUGUUUGUGGAGUCCUACUCAUUCAGGCUCCUCCAGGAAUGUUAGGUGCUGAUCCAUAGAUGGCAUAGGGUACAGGGGCAGUGGAGAUGGGGCAUGGCAAAUAUAAAUUUUCCACAUAAUCCACCUAUCAUCACCCCCCCCCCACACUGGGAUGGCCCCCAGGUCUAAUGUCAGUGUACCACUUUCAAGUCCUAGGGUUUGCAUUGUUGCCGCACCAACAAAGUUGGUAACUGUUCCAUCCAGCUUUCAGGAUCUUGGAAUCUCAUAGACACCAAGCUUUAAAAGGAGUGUCAUUUAUGUGGGGGAUUUUUGCAAGGCAAGGGGUUCAGUACUUGGAAGGGGGGAUGGCAGGAGUAUGAUCUUUUUACCCCCAAACUUUUACAGCUGGGGGACGAAUUCGGCCUCAACCUCCUUGCCCACUUCUUGGCUAUAGAAUUACAGUUAUUUUAAUAUGAUUCUGUAAAUUGGCAAAAGUACAUGUUCAGUUGUCGCAGUCAAAUGGUUGUUUUGCAUAAUAGAGAAACCAUCAGGCAGUUUGCAAGCCAAUAGGUGACAGAAACUGUGCAGUAUGUGAUUUGCUGGGUGAAAUGUAGCCGUUAGUCAAGGCCCGCUUGGCUGCCUGGAUGCCAGCACGGUGACUUCUGCGGAGAUUCGACAGCUUUGCCAGUCUCGACCUCACCCGUGAGUGGAGAUACCUGUAGAGUUUUCACCAGUUGAGACAGUUGCCAAGAAAAUCCUCAUUUCAGGAAAGAAUGUUGUCGACGUGCUCGUGCUGCGAGGAGGGCUGCGAGAAGAAAGUCAGCGGUGUGGUGAAGGGCGUCCAUGCCAGGCUGAGGAAGAAGCUAAAAGAAGCGGACGGCGACUAUGAACGAAUCUGGUUGGAACACUGCGAGGAUGAGGCAAGCUUGGAUGAGUACGCCUUUGCCAUGCAGCAUUUGGCCACCGAGCAUUGGUCCACCAAGCACCCUGACGACCGCAUCAAGUGGUGCCAUCGGGCCUGCAGGGAUUACUUCUUUCGUGGAGGUAUGAACAAAGCCUUUGCCAAAGACAAAAGGCGGAGACAGCACCAGCAGGCUGAGCCCCAACCUCUGACCUCGCGAUGUGACCUCACCAAUUCCGUGAAUGGCAAUGUGGUCGGCGGGUCGGGCGACUGUGAUUACAGUAUACCACUUCCUGUUUCAUCCAAUCAGUACAACACAAUAUCCUUGCCCGUGCCCGGUCCACUGAGACUCCUCGACGUAGGCUCCUGCUUCAACCCAUUCAUUCAGUACGAGGAGUUUCUUUCCGUAGGCAUUGACAUCUCGCCAGCAGUCGAUAGUGUGCACAAGUGCGACUUCCUGAAUUUACAACUCCAGCCGUCCUUGGAAUGUGCCCCGGACACCGUGGACACAUACCUGAGAACGUUGAAGAGCCCUGUGGAGGUGCUCCCGCGGGAGACGUUUCACGUGGUGGUCUUCUCCCUCCUGCUUUCCUACUUCCCGUCCCCCUACCAGCGCUGGAUCUGCUGCCAGAAGGCCCACCAGCUCCUGCAGCUUCAUGGCCUGCUGCUGAUCAUCACGCCCGACUCCUCCCACCAGAACCGCAAUGCGGCCAUGGUCAAGAGCUGGCGGAAGGCGCUGGAGAGCCUGGGCUUCCGGCGCUGGCUCUACGUCAAGGACACCCACCUGCACUACAUGGCCUUCCGCAAGGUGUCGCUGGAGCUCUCGGGCCUGGAUGCCAGUGGGGCCGGGCCAGACCUGCUGUACAUUCCCCAGGACUUCAACGAGGACCUAGAGGAGAGCGUCUUUGUCGAGAGCUUCCCGCGGAGCGAGGAGGAGGAACGCAUCAUCUCAGAGGGGUUCUUGGAGCUGCCCGGUGGCACAGAGAAUGACACAUCAUCCGAGGAUGACAAAGGGGAGGAGGUGGUGAUCUAUGAAGACAGCUCUGAGGAAUGGUGGCGAGACACCCAUUGAACCUUGACCCUCGGGUCUGUUCUUGGUUUAACUCUCAACUCCCAAAUUCUGGAUUCUCUGAAUCGAUGCGAGUGCCAUACUCUGGCUGCAGGAGCAUCCAAUCUCACAAGACAGAGCCAACUCUGGAAUGCAGUUGAUUUCAGCAUUCACAAGGCCAACAAACGUAGUCAAGCUUGAAGUGAAGUUGGAGGCACAGUUGACUUUUAAGGAAUCUUGUUGGUUUCAUUACAACCAAUCAUGAGCCUUGGUUGUUCAGUAUUGUCUCUGAAAUACAGUUAAAAACAGUUGUGGGUGUUUAUUUAUUAGAAUGAAUAUAUUAACACACACCUGUAUCUUGCCCUGAAGACGUGAAUUUCUGGUGCGUUGAGAGCAGCUUGCCUGUCGUCUAGAUAAAGCAUCUUGUUGAAUUUUUCCUCCUGGAGAAUGUCUCUUUUGAAUUAGUGUUCACGUAACAAUUCUAGUGCCUUUUCUCGUCAGCAUUCCAGCUGUUUUCUUUCUCUGCCUUGUUCCUCGGCACCAAUAUUGGUAACUCCCAGCUCAAGGCAUUCAAAGAAAGUCUGUGGACCUUUCAUAUCACACGCCCUGAAAUCUUGCACCCAGGAUGUCCUCACAUUGUCAUGUACCUUCGGAACGGACAUCCAGUUUAUGCCACACACCUUUUGAUCCUGCAUCCAGGAUAUCCUAGAUGGAUGGGAAUGUUGGGUCUUGGGGGGGUCUGCUGUGAUAGAGCACAUAAUGUACCGAGACACAUUACACAAAACCAAAGAAUCUAGUAUGUUUACCAAAAUUACGAGAGAGGAAUCCAAAAUGUAUAAAGACAGUACCAUACUCUGAUCUAAAAGAUAUUUUAUCCUUGGACAUCGAAGUUGUAGAUUUUCGUGUUGCAGAACAUGGAGCCACCUUCUUGAUAAAGAUUGUCAAAACAGACACGAGCAACAUUGUCUGGUAUUGCUCCUUGUAGGGAAGCGCUGUGUUCAGUGGGUUGAUGCUGCAAGUGUGGCUGACACUAAGACUGGUUCACACUUGAAUGAACUUGUAAGCGGAGGCAACUUGACAUGCUGUAAAAUGUACAGUGAUAUUUGCUUGCUUUGAAAUACAUGUAUGUUCAAGCUUAGCAAAUUUGCCGCUUAGUAUUUUGAUCUGACUUCACAGUUUUACAUCCAAGGUUACUUAGUAUGAAUUGGCAUCAAGGCUUGCUGAGCUUGAGUCACGUAUGGGAAGUUUUGCUGAAAACCUGUCUGAAAUAAUUAAGUCUGAAGCCUUGCUCUGAGACAGUAAGGAGGAUUUCAAAAAUGUUUCUUAAGAAGAUUGGAGGUCGUUUUUCAUAAGUGCCGUACACUUGCGCAAGUUGCUGUCUGACUUAAUAAUUAAUUGCAUCUUGCCCAUAUUGUUUUGGAUCUCAGUGGAGCUGGGGGGGAGGCUGGUAAACGUGCAGUCACUACUUAUAGUCUGGUAAUCUCUUACAGAUGGUAUUGGUGGGAGGUGAUUAUAUUGGUCUGCUGGGGGUAAUAAAGUAUAUUGCCAAUGGAGUGUCUUCCGGAUGGCGGGAACGGAGUUGAUAGGCCACAAAGAGGACUUUCAGGAUGAAGAGCGGUGACCACAAAAUUCCCUCCACUGCUCAAACAUUUCCUAUUUCCCCAGUAUGCCAUGGUUUUAGGGGGUCAUGAACAGUGGUUGUUGUUUUCAAACUUUGGAGCUCCCUAGCCAGGUGUAGAAUAUGUUAAUUAUUCACGUUGGAUGCGAUAUGCCAACUUUUUGUUGAUAAGCCUGGGCAAGUGUCGUAUUAAGAUACCAGCAAAGACAUAAUAAAGUUAAUAAUAGGCUUGCAUAUGUGUAAGUGGAAACAAAAAGGUUAUUUAUUGUGCUUCAUUCCGCGGGCCAGUUUGGAUUAUUGCACCAAUCAGGUAUCGAGGCUGGGGUUGGACUUCACGUUUUGUUCAAAUCAACUGGCUAUGGCUUGGAGUAAGCAUGGGUGUCUGUGGGAAGGGCUUCAGCCGCUAAGCAGAAUCUGAUUCCCAACUUGCAGACAAAUCAUUCGGACACCACCAAAAUGGAGGACAUUUGCAUAUGCCUUUUCUGGUGGCGACCAAAAGAAAAAAAGCUUUGCAGAAAUGCAACUGGAAUUAGAAACCACUCACCAUGUUGGCACUAUGUUCGUGCACAGUUUGUACGUUCACAAUGAAUAUGCGCGUCUCAAGUCUAAGAAUGCAUCCUUGAGUUUAGCCCCGCCCCAGUUACAGAGUCUUGUCAGGUUUAGUAUUUCUAUCAACAGCAUCGGAGAAACACGUCUUGCAACUCAAAAUUCUUAUUACCACUGCAAGAGAAAAAAAUAAUAAAAAUCAGUAUUGGCCCUAAAAGUCCGUGAGCCACACAAUUAGGGGAGUAAAUUUAACUUCGUUAAAUUUGAUCACACACAAUUAAAGGUUUUAUUACAUGUCAUUUUUAUUGAAACAAUCCAUGGAAUAUAUUACAGGGAUAUGUAAAUACCUUCUACACAAUAUUGCCUACUAUAUAAAAUCUAGGUUAUAAUAAAUAAUAUAUAAAUGCCUUUGUCUGUCAAAGAAUUACACUUGUCAGAAAAAAGUACUUUCUUACAAUUAAAUAAAGAUCUUAAACUGGUAGGAUUUGGUUAAUGUU